GCAGCUGAGCCUCUCUAGGAGGAGUCAGAGUCUCGGUGUGUGUGUGAGGAGCCGCUCUGUGCGCUCACUGGCUGCCUGUCAGCUCAGCCUCUCUCCUCUCUGUGUGGAGCCCGUUCAGAGGUCGGACUACCGGGGACUGAGUUGGUGCUCUGCGUGCGGACACACAGCUGCACCGGGAGAACCGGGAACAGCACCGGAAGAGAAGUCAAAGAGGAGACUUUCCGCUCGGACCUGAGAGACAUGGAGGAAUGCACUGAAAGGACUCCGACGCACUGAAAGUUUUGCAUUUUCUGGACAUGGAGACACAAACAGAAAAACAGUUCAUCCCAAUAAUAAAGUCAGCCAGCAGUCUCUCCUCCUGAAGGUUGGAGGUGCAGCAGAGGAUGACACCUGCACACUUCUUCUUCUUCUUCUUCUUCCUCACAUCUCUGAAGAAGAGUACAGAUCAGAGCUUCUGCCAGAGUGACUUUCUGCCUCUGAUCCUGCAGCAUCCUGCUCGCUGCCAGCUCUAGUUCUCGGCUGUGGCUGCAGGAAAACAGCGCGUUUCUUUCUUUUCUGCGCAUCUUUAUAUCUAUUUAUCUUUGCACCAUCGAGGACUGCAGCAAAUAAAGAUCUGAACAUCUCGUCCAAACAGGUCUCUGCAGCCACAGUCAUCUAAACUGCUCCCGCUGACAUGUCUGCACUCAUCUCUUCAUGCUGUUUCCCUGUUGACAGUUCAACUCUGCUGGAUGUAAAGAAAUAACGGAGUGCUUUGCUUCAAACCUCUCUUCACACAACAGCAGUAAGGCAGUAUAAUCUGCGGACUCGCCAUGGGCACCGUACUAUCGUUGUCUCCCGGCUCUCGGAAAUCGGGCUACUAUGACAACCGGCCGGGCUCGCUCAGCCACUACCCGAGCAUCAGCAGCCGCUCCCUCAACAGCCAGAAAGACCGCGGGCUGAAGAGGGGCCAGUCCAUCUUCCUCCCGGCGCUCACGUGGAAGCGACUGGUGGCCUCCACGAAGAAGAAGGGAAACGCCAAGAAAGGCGGUCCGGUGGCCCUUGGAGACCCUCUCAACAACAACAACAGCAUCAACAUCUACCAAAAGGACCCCGUGUUGCACCUCAACCGCGAGAACGUGAAGAAGUCGCUGUCAUGUGCCAACCUGUCCAGCUACGAGGGCCCAGCGGGACUGGGUCUGGGGAUCGGCUACGGCAUGGGGAUGGGCCAGGGGCACGGAUACAGCUACAGCAAGUCCCAGCAGCUGUCCUCGGUGAAAAAAGUCCCCCAAGCGACGGUGACCUCGUCCCCGAAGCGCGUCAUCGUCCAGGCCUCCACCAGCGAGCUUCUGCGCUGCCUGGGGGAGUUCCUGUGCUGCCGCUGCUACCGCCUGAAGCACCUGUCUCCGGCCGACCCGGUGCUGUGGCUGCGGGCCGUGGACCGCUCGCUGCUGCUGCAGGGCUGGCAGGACCAGGCCUUCGUCACGCCGGCCAACGUGGUCUUCGUCUACAUGCUGUGCCGAGACGUGGUGGACGGCGACCUGGUGGCGUCGGAGCACGAGCUGCAGGCCAUCCUGCUCACCUGCCUCUACCUGUCCUACUCCUACAUGGGCAACGAGAUCUCGUACCCGCUCAAGCCCUUCCUAGUCGAGGCGGGCAAGGAGGCCUUCUGGGACCGCUGCCUCGCCAUCAUCGACGCCACUAGCGCCAAGAUGCUGCGCAUCAACGCAGACCCGCACUUUUUCACACAAGUAUUCGCUGAACUCAAGAGCGAAGGCGGCUGCGGCCCUCAGGACUAUAGUCGGGUGCUGGAUCGGUGAGAGGAAGUCUGCAUGCCUUUUUGUACGCUCACUUAUACUUGCACACACGUUGGUCUCAUACAGAUUCCUCGCCCCUUUUUCUUCUUCUGCUUCCCUGCAGGAGCAACGAAGGCCCAUCUUGACAGUCAUGUAGACAUAUUUAAUCAUUCCAUCUUUGUUGCCAUUGUCCCAUCCAUCCACAGAUAGAAAUAAGGAAUCCCCCCCCCCAAGAUGAUUGGCUAACAGAAGCUCACAGUUGUGUGUUUUUGUGUGUCCUGGCUGGAAUAUCCACCUGAGUUUACUUGAAUUGAGGAACCAUUUGGUCCACCUGUCCCGUCUGACCCCAUGUGUCUGGUCCAAGUCGUCCCAGCUGCCCCUCAGGAUCUGCACAGCCAGGCCUCCCAGCAUCCUCUCUGAAUGUGAUCAAUCAGUGUGCACAAGAAGAUGCCAUCACUCCACAAAAACACCAUCAAGGGAUUUUUCUCAUAUUCUAAAACAUCCGAGGAGGAUUCACAGGAGAAUAAAACAGACAAUAUAAUCCGCUGAGUUAUAUAUUUUCCAGGACAACACAAGGAGACAUGUUGACAUCCGCUGCUGGCUAAGCCUCCAUGUGCCAGCAGUUGAAAAGUGACUCAGACUGAUGGGAACAGCUGAGAGGUCCAUGUUAGGUCCUGCUGGUCCUGCUGUGCGCUAAAGCAAAACGAACAGGCAAAUGUUUUGUGGAGCCUUUUGAGGCUCGUCUGGCCUGAGGGGACAGUCGCUGUUUUGACUCACUCAAACCUGCCUCAGUGUUUCUAUUCUAUCUCAGGAGAGUUUCCUGGUGGAAGCAGAAUGUACGUGUUUUGUGCGAGCGUAUGCAUGGCCGUGUGUGUGUGUGUGUGUGUGUGAAGGCAUUGUGCAUUGGACGGCAGCCAGGGUCAUCAGCUGUUUACUCCAUCCUUUGUUCCCCAGCGUCUUGUUGACAGGGCACCGGCGCAGGCUGUGGUAUUAAUGAGAUUAGCAGAUUACUGCCGCCCCCCCCCUCCCUCAACCUCUGCCCCCUUCUUGUCCACUCGGGCAGCCCUGCUGAGCUAAUCCAGGCCAGGCUGGACCGCACCGGACUUUAAACACACACGAAUGUAGGCACAUUGAAACGCCUUGUCGCGUGCGCUUUAUUCUCCCUCACCGCAUGAAUAAAAACGCCGUGUGAGACACGUGCGCAGCUCAGGGUCAGCGAAGCUCUCUGCUGUUGUGGUUGAAGAAUGUGUCCCACUUUCUCCUCAGUCACCUGCGCAUCCUCAUCUGCCAUCAAGAGUUCAUCCUCUCUUAU